AUGAAGGCAAAAUUCAGAGAGAGAGAUGAAAGGAAAGAGCAGCUAUUAAAGGCGAAGAAAAAACUGGAAAAUGACAUUGCAGCAAUAAUGAAAAUGUCUGGAGACAAGUCUUCUCAGCUGACAAAAAUGAACGACGAACUACGUCUGAAAGAAAGAGAUGUAGAAGAAUUACAGCUGAAACUCACCAAGGCUAACGAAAACACAAGCCUCCUGCAGAAAAGUAUCGGGGAAGUAACUCUCAAAGCCGAACAAAGUCAGAAAGAAGCAGGUAAAAAGCAUGAGGAAGAAAAGAAAGAACUGCUGAGAAAACUGUCAUACCUGGAAAAGAAGAUGGAAAUGAGCCGCAACGAGUGUCAAGAUCUGAAAGCCAGGUACGAGGAAGCCAGUUCUGAGAGCAGAGCCAAGCACGAAGAAGUCCUGCAGAACGUCCACAAGCUGCUCCGGGACACAGAGGAGCGGCUGAAGGCUGCACAGGAGGAGAACCGCGAGCUGCUGCAGAAGCUGGAGGAGCUGGGGAAGCAAGCCGAAGGAGCCAAAUCGCUAACUUACUUACUAACAUCAGCCAAAAGAGAAGUUGAACUAAUGUCAGAAGAGCUGAGGGGUCUGAAAUCAGAGAAACAGCUUCUUACCCAGGAGGGGAAUGCUUUAAAGUUAGAAAAAGGUUUAUUUCUGUCUCAACUUGUAGAGUUGGAGGCCAAAAUAACUUUACUUCAGGAGGACCAAGAGAAGCUCUGGUCAGUUAAUGAAACUCUUAAUUUAGAAAAGGAGAAAGUCUGGGAAGGAAAGCAAGACAUUGAAAAGCUUUAUCAGCAGGAACAACUCGAUAAAGCAGCUUUGGCUGUGGAGAGAGAGAAAUUACUGAAAGAGAUCAAUAUCGCGCAGGAGGACCUCUUGAAGAUAAAUACAGAAAACGAGUCUUUGCAGGCUUCCAAAGCAAGCUUGCAGGCACUCACAGAGGAACUGCAGUUCAGCAAAGAUAUUCUAAUGGCUGAGUCUCAGAAGUAUCGGGAAGAAAAAGACCGCCUGGAGAAUCGUAUCAAGAAGCUGGUCACUGAAAACGACGCAUUGGUUAAAGAUAAAGAUGAAAUUAUUCGGAAGCUUCAGAGCUCCUACGAGGAGCUGGCCAAAGAUCAGAAGAGCUUGGUGCAGGAGAACGAGGACCUCACAGUAGAGAAAAAGUCAACCUUGGAGAAACAGUCAGGUCUUGACAACAUGUGUAUAGCUCUAAAGGUCGAAAGAGAUCAUCUUCUUCAGAGCAGCAAAGACCUGCAGUUCGAGAAGGACAUGCUGCUUCAAGAUCAGGAAAAGCUGAACACCAUUCUGGAGACUGCCCUCCAGGUUAAACAUGUGCUUAGCACGGAAGCCGGUGAGCUCCGCGCACAGCUGGAGGAGGCCAGCAAGGCCCUGAGGAAGGCUGAGCUGGAGAUUGUGCAACUGCAGGCCACGAACACGAGCCUCACAAACCUGCUGGAAGAAAUUAAGACCAGCCGGGAGAUCAGAAACUCCGAGUGCAUUCAGCUUCUGCACGAGAAAGAGACCUUAACGUCAUCCGAGAGAAGGCUCUUGGCCGAGAAAGAAGAACUGCUAAAUGAAAAUAGGCUAAUCUCAGAAAAACUCAGCAAAUACUCGGAAGAGUCUGCCCACAUCGAGAUGAACCUGAGUGAGAGGAUCACGUACCUCACUUCUGAGAAGGAGCUGGUUUGUCAGAAAAUCACCAAGCUCAAAAAGCAACAGGAUAUCCUCUUGAAAGAAAAAUCGGUACUAGAGAUGCGGAAUGGGGAUUUACUGGUAGAAAGAGAGAACUCCAUGAAGGCCAUGGAAGACCUUAAAAAGAAAUAUGAUCAAGAAACAGCCAACAGAAGAAUUGUUGUGUACGAGAAGAUGAAACUGCUCAGCAAACUCGACGCUCUGAAGAAAGAACUUCAAGAGAGAGAAAAGGAAAACCAGGCGCUCACGGCCACCAAGUGCGAUCUCUCACUGAUGCUAAAAGAGGCCCAAAACGCCAAAAAGAUGCUAGAAAAAGAACACACUGACGUACUGCAAGCCAAGGAGAGUUUAAAUGCUGAAGUCAAGGCCUGCUGUUCUGAAAAGAACAUCUUGUUAAGGGAUGGGUUGAAUCUGCAAGAAGAAUGUCAGAAGUUAAACGAGAAAAUCCACACAAUGCAACAGUCCCUGGUGCUGGAGAAAGAAGCCAGGACGCAGGACCAAGAGUCCUCCUUGUACGAGAGCAAGAAGCUCCACAGGAGGGUGGCGCUUCUGGAGCAGGAGGUGGAGAAGCUGAGAGCCUGCACCCAGGAGCUCCAGUCCGAAAACUGCACGCUCAUCCAAGAUAAGACCAACUCAGAGCAGAGAAUGGCUGAUAUCACCAAGGAGAAGGAACUCCUGAGUACAGAGACAGCGCGUCUGGCUGCCAACAUAGAGACUCUGAAAACUGACUUUGCUGCCUUGUCCAAGUCCAAGUUGGAACUGCAGGAACUGCACAACUGCCUCACCAAGAUGCUGGAUGACCUGCAGCUGAAUCACGAGGUAACCCUGGCCGAGCAGGCCAAGGUGACGCAGGACAACAGGAACCUCCUGGCCGAGAAAAGAGAGAUGAUGCUGGAAAAGGACGAGCUCCUGAAGGAGAAGGAGAAGCUGGCCGAAAGCUACUUCUUCCUCCAGCAAGAGAUCAACCAGCUGUCCAAAACCAACAGCCACAUCUUAGCCAACCUCCUGGAGUCUCAAAACGAAAACCGUAUUUUGAGGAAAGACAAGAGCAAGCUCACUCUAAAAAUCAGAGAGCUCGAGACUCUGCAGUCCUUAACGGCCACUCAAACCACUGGAGAUGCCAUGCAGAUAAGGGAACAGAUGACCAAAGAGGAGACCGAAAUGCUGGCCUCCUUGGAAGAUUCCAGGCAAACAGAUGAAAAACUGAAGAAUGAAUUGGAUACACUUAAAGAAAACAACUUGAAAAACGUGGAAGAGCUGAACAAAUCAAAAGAGCUUCUGAUGGUAGAGAGCCAAAAAAUAGAAGAAUUAAAGAAAGAAAUAGAAACCCUAAGGCAGGCAGCAGCUGAGAAGUCCCAGCAGCUCUCAGCGCUGCAAGAAGAGAACGUGAAACUUAACGAGGAGCUGGAGAGGAGCAGGGACGAAGUCACCAGUCACCAAAAGCUGGAAGAAGAGAGAUCUGUACUCAAUAAUCAGUUGUUAGAAAUGAAAAAGAGAGAAUCCAAGUUAAUAAAAGACGCAGAUGAAGAAAAAGCUUCCUUGCAGAAAUCCAUCAGUUUCACUAGUGCCUUACUCACAGAAAAGGAUGCGGACCUGUUAAAGCUAAGAAAUGAGGUCACGGUGCUCAGGGGAGAGAACGCGUCCGCCAAGUCCUUGCAUUCAGUUGUUGAGUCUCUAGAGACUGAUAAGGUGAAGCUUGAGCUCAAGGUAAAGAACUUGGAGCUUCAACUCAAAGAAAACAAGAUGCAGCUCAGCAGCUCCUCAGGUAAUACUGAUACUCAGGCAGAAGAGGACGAAAGAGCCCAGGAGAGUCGGCUUGGCAUCCUCAAUUCAAUAAUAGUAGACCUUCUGAGCAAGAAUCAGGACCUCCAGAUGAAGGUGGAGAUGAUGUCAGAAGCAGCCUUGAACGGGGACGGGGAUGACCUGAACAAUUACGACAGCGAUGACCAGGAAAAACAGUCCAAGAAGAAACCCCGCCUCUUCUGUGACAUAUGUGACUGCUUUGAUCUGCAUGACACAGAGGAUUGUCCCACCCAGUCCCAGAUGUCUGAGGACCCUCCCCACUCUGCACACCACGGCAGUCGGAGCGAGGAACGCCCAUACUGUGAAAUCUGCGAGAUGUUUGGGCACUGGGCUACCAACUGCAAUGAUGAGGAGACCUUCUGA